AGAAGAACCGAACUGUGGCCGAUCUCAGGUCAGCCGCUGAGCCACACUCAUCCUGUGUGCACGUCAUCAGUUCAUCUUCGCGUGUGUGUGCGGUGCGGUGCGUUUAAAGAAAACGGUGGGGAUGGAAAGACAUUUUCACGUGGUUAUCUUCUGUGCGUUGAUCUCUUUGCACCUAAUGUUGGUCCAAGGAGCCAGACAAGACAUCAAAUGUGGAGCAUGCAGGGCGUUAGUUGAUGAAAUGGAAUGGGCCAUAUCACAAGUAGAUCCCAGGAAAAUGAUCCAGACGGGAUCAUUUAGGAUUAAUCCUGAUGGCAGUCAGUCAGUAAAAGAGGUUCCCUAUUCUCGCUCUGAAGGUCAUCUCCUUGAACUGAUGGAAGAGGUUUGUGAGAAGAUGAAUGAUUACGGUGAACGUGUUGACCCUGCCACCAAUCGAAAGACAUACGUGAGGCACGCGGCCCGUGACGGCGCUGCCAUGGACCUUUCCGAUGUGGCCUUUGACUCCAGAGUCACAUCCAGUUUAAAGUUUGCUUGUGAAACGAUCGUUGAGCAGCAUGAGGACGAACUUAUUGAAUUCUUUUCUCAUGAGAUAGACAACGUUAAAGACAAGCUCUGCAGUAAGAGGACAGAUCUUUGUGACCACGCUCUGAAGAUACCACACGACGAGUUAUGAGCCGAGCAGCUUUACCAGUGUGUUCACCUGAUAACCUUCAGCUAACACACUGAUUCUCUUACUUGUUGAGGACACUGAACAUGCUGAGAUCUACAUUAUGUGAUGUACUUGACCCUAUGGGUUAACUGUUGACCUGUUCAACUGUAUUAAUGGCGUUAACAUCGAAAUUGUUCAUUGUCAUUUAUUAAAGCUGACGUUCUACAGCUAAAAUGAGAUCUCUUUAUGAGUCUCUCCAAUGGUUAUACUUUUAUAUUUAACACUAUUUGGAUGCACUUAGUUUUUAGUUUAGAAGAUCAUUUGCAGUAUAUUUAUUACGAGCACAGAUUGUGGGAUGCUUUCAGGUCACGAAUCUGAGCAGAUUAUUAGUUAAAGUCUUAAACUAUUAGGCUGUCAUCACUUUAUAUGGAGAAAUAUACACAGUUUACCAUCUUUUGUGUUUUCUACCCAAAUAAAAAUUAAUUGGUAGUUUCUUCUGUAUUCAUCAACAUUUGUUGUUUGUAUCCAGUAUGCAUUCUGCUAUAUGGAUACUAUCAUGUUAUAUUGUGUGUUUUUUUUUAAUAAUUCAGAAAUCCACGUGAAUAAUUAGAACAAUCUUGUUUUUUUAAGCUCCCAAUUUAUUUUUUCACUAGUAUGGAGCCAUGGUGUUUUAAUAUUUAGUAGCACAAAGCGGUCUUAAUAUUCAAAGAGAUAACAGCUUCAGGAGGUUUUAAUCACAAUGUGUUUUGCAACCCUGGAACUUGAGAGUGAAUUUUGAUAAGUUUUAAGGGGUGAAACUUCCAGCAUUAAGAUGUACGACACUAGAACGACAAAGAAAUAUACAACUGUACUUGCUACUAAAUGUGGUCCUACCUCAGGAGGGUGAAAAAUUAAAAAUGUAUUUUACAAUA